UUCAAAUGUUUCCGGCCAAAGCGAUUGCGUACGCACUGAAGAUUAUGAAAACCACAUAUAUAAAGGCCAGGAGGAUUCAAAAACAUCAGUAUCUGUGUAAACAAUACCAAACAAUGUUCUCAAAGUUCGCUUUCGUCGUCCUUUUGGCAGCUGUUGCUCGCUGCAGCGCUUCAGGAGGAGCCUCAAGCUUCUCCUAUGGAGUAUCAGACCCUAACACUGGUGAUAUCAAAGACCAACACGAAAAGCGAGUAGGAGACAGUGUUGUUGGACAAUACUCCUUGCUUGAAGCUGAUGGAACCAAACGUACCGUUGAAUAUUCCUCUCAUCCUCAAACUGGAUUCAAUGCUGUAGUCCGAAAAGACCCUCCUCAUGGUGUCCACCCUCCAUCUGCAGUGGGAUACAAUGGUGUUGCUUCAGCUCUUGGUGGUUUAGGAUACGCUGGUGCUAAUCCACUGGCAUAUGGAGGACUAAACGCAUGGAACCCUGCUGCAAAAUCAGCGUAUGCUGGCAAUCCCUACGUCGGGGCUUAUGGUGGAUACAACGGCGCUGCUAAUGGCUGGACUCCGAACUAUGCUGCCAAUGUUGGAGCCAAUGGAUGGCCAAGCAACUAUGGUGCUUCUGGAGUAUACGGCGCUAAUGGGUGGUCUACCACUUCUGUCACCUCUUGGCCAAACAACGCUGCUGCGAACGCUUGGCCUAGCAACGUAGGAGCCAAUAUUGGUGCCAAUGUUUGGCCCAGUGCAGCAGCUGGUGUUGGCGCUUGGCCCCAGAAUUAUGGUACCAAUGGUGUCUAUGGUGCUAACGGAUGGUCUCAAGGUUAUGGAGCAGCUGGAUAUGCUGGCUAUGGCAACCGUUUGGGGUGGUAAAUAAUUGCUCAAUUGAAAUUGGCUGCAAAUUAUUCUGGACUCGGCUGUGUAUCUCUGGAACUAGUUACGAUUGUAAUUGUUUGAUCUCUUAUGGCAAUUAAGAUAAUUGAAAAACCAAAAAAAAAGUUUCUUGUUGAAUAGAAACUGAAAUAUAUUACUCGUAUUUAAA